AUGGCUAGCCCGUUCAAUCCUUCUGUUGGCCGCGGGCACAGGGGAGGCGCGCCGGGCGUGCAAGGCUCGACGGGACGGGGAAGAGGUGGGAACACUGGACAUACAUCAACAUAUGUGCCAAGAGGGGCAGGUGCGCCCCGCGCGGCGAGAGCUCGAGGGCGUGGACGAGGGUCAGCGACAUGGACAGCUCGUGGCCGUGGUCGCGGCGCAGGCGCUGCAAGCCACAUCGUGCAAGGAUCUCAACAGCCCGCAGAGGGCCCCAAGGAUGGGGUUGUCAACUCGCCGUUUGCGCAAUUAAAUCAACAAAAACCUGUCGUGUCGCCGUUCGGCGCCCAGCCCGCCCAGCAGUCUCCGUUUUCCAAAGUCACAAACACUGCUUCAGCUUCAAACGUUACCAAAAACCCAUUUGCCCAGCCCACGACAAAUAUGAAGCAACAAACCUCGAAAAAAUUUGUUGGUGGGGGAUCAAAUACUGCCGCAUCGAUGGAGCAUGCAUCAACGUUGAGCAACUACCAGGAACGCUUUGACAAACUCAAAAUUGAUCAAGUGAGACAGCGCGAACGGGCGAUCAAAGAUGGGCAGAUGGCAGACCCAAACCAGCCGACUUCUUUGAACCAAGCCAUUACACCUGUGGGUACCUGUACUGGCAUGUGUCCUGAUUUCGAGAGAGUGGAGCGGAUCGUGCAGAAAGCAGUCGACAAGUGUGAAAAGUAUCAUAACCCAGCAACGAAUCAGCUGGAAAUCAUGGAAACCAAGAUGGUGAAACGCUUCCGGCGUGCAGCAGCUGGAAAUGACGAGCAAUUGCCCUCGGAUAUCCGUACACCAAAGACACUUUUGCAAACCAUGAACUAUCUCAUUCGUUAUGUCAUUAAUGGUGGGGAAUCAUUGGCCACCAUCCACAUGUUUGUCUGGAACCGGACACGAUCAAUCCGAAACGACUUCUCGGUGCAGCAACUUACACACGAAGAAGAUGUGAAGAUAGCGGUUACUUGUCUAGAAAGAAUUGCGCGGUUCCACAUCGCGUCCCUGCAUCUUCUUUCCAACCCGGCGAACACGGAGCAAUUUGACCGUCACCAGGAGCGUGAGCAGCUCAACAACACCAUGCUCUCUCUCAUGUACUACUACGAUGACAACCGCGAGCGUAUUCACUUCCCCAAUGAGGACGAGUUCCGCGCCUAUCAUAUCUUGUUCUCGAUCCACGACCAGCGGCCUGAUCUGGAAGCUCGUGUACAGAAAUGGCCAGCUAGCCUACUUUCUUCACCUCGCGUGCAGGUGGCAUUGGAGCUCUUUGCCGCUGCAUGUAAUACAUGGGAACCUCAAGGUGCUCUGGAUUCUCGCCGAACGAACGCAGUUGCUCAGGGAUUCUACUCUCGUUUCUUCAACAUCAUCAAUUCUCCAAGUGUGUCGUAUCUAAUGGCCUGUGUGGCGGAGGUGUACUUCAACCACAUUCGUCAGACAGCAAUCCGUGCAAUCUGGAAGGCAUAUUGCCGGACUCCGCUGUCGCAGCAAUCCAAGAACGACCAUUGGACCGUGGAGGAAUUAACCAAGGUGUUGCACUUCGAUAACGACGAGCAGACAAUUGAAUACUGCAAUUCCCAGGACUUGCAGUUUGUCGAGAACGCGAGUGGUGGACUGUAUCUCAAUUGGGGUGAUCGACCAGUAGACUCUGUUGACUUUGCGCCUUCAUCUGACCACUCUUUCUCUGAGACUUAUGUGGAGUCAAAGCGUGCAGGACGUAGCCUUGUUGCCAUCAUUCUCGGCAUGAAUAUCAGAGAAGCUACAAGAAUGGGCAUGAUUGAUCGCUCCCAGUUGCCUCAUAAGAGUGAAACCCUGCAUGAGGCUGAGGCUGAAGAUGGGGACCUCUUCGUGAGUGAUAUUGAUAAUCAGACGCCUGCGCCUAUUGUUGAAACACACAAUACUCUUCUUCAGGAUACAUCAGCUUCUGAAUUCCGGAUUGCUUCCGAGUCUCAGAAAUCUUUGGAAUCUAUUCCUGCGAGUUCGCCUUCAAUGUUUCAGCCAAAGCCGCCGAAUCCUUUUGCGGCGGCCUUUCAGCCAUCUAAAAUGCCAUCUCCAUCCCCGAAUCCAUUCGCAACUUCGAUACCAUCCACCUCUGUCACACCCGCAGCGCCGUCUCCUUUCACUUCUUCGCCCAAUCCAUUCUUGACCACAAAAGAACCCGAGCCAAGCAAAAAGACUGACGCUUCCGCCCCGACCACUAAUGUGGCACCCUCGCUCUUCCAGACAAAACCCUCUUCUCAGCCUACCACUGUCUACAAGCCAACUGUAUCAUCCAUUAACCCUGCGGGGCCCUCGCUCUCUGCUUUCGCAUCUACUUCUUCUUCAUCAUCCAUAUUCUCAAAGCCAGCCUACGCAAUAUCCAAGACGGAGACACCUGCAACAACUCCGCCUGCUCCCGCGUUCCCAAAACCCAGCAUAUUUCCCCCGGCAUCAUCUACUGCAGACAAAACCACCUCCGCUCCUACGAAUGGCUCUGGCUCUGUGUUAUCCACCGCUUCAAGUCCUUUCACUGCGCCCUCUACUUUCUCUUUCGCCAAACCAUUGGAGUCAACACAAGAAUCGGCAACUCCUGCGGCAACUACCCCUGCGCAGUCUACGCUAUUCAAGCCCACCGGCACUUCACCUCAUGAGGCAGGCACCUUCACUGCACCGUCCCUAUCCUUCUCCAAGACAUCGGAGUCGGCUCAGAAGACGGAGACACCGGCGGCAAUUACUGCUGCGCCAUCUACCCUGUUCAAGCCAAGCAGCUCACCCUCAGCACCGUUGACUGAAUCCAAGAACCCCUUUGCUUCUUCCAUAUUAUCUGGUGCUAAUCCCUUUGGUGCCACGUCCAUGUUUCCAAAGGCAAGCCAUGAGGUGGAAAAACCUGCUCUAGAUACCACUACUCAGGCCACAAUGUUCAAAAGCGAUGCUAAGCCCCAGCAAUCAUCGAUCGCACCGAACAAUCCCUUUGCGCUUGCGAAUGCUGCGCCAUCUUUCCCACCUUCAGGUUUUGGAAACAAUGUUACCACUGCUGCCCCAUCUCCAUUCCAGCCCACUAAAGCCAUCGAGACAACUCCAGCCAAGGAGCCUGCAACUGCAUCGGGUUCCGGGCAGCUCUUCUCGUCGUUAUCGGUGAACAAUGCCAGUGCUAUUCCAGGGUCUUCUAGCGCGGCCGCAAGUCAAUUUCCGGCCUCCGGCUCGAUAUUUGCAGUUCCCAAGGUACCACAGCCAAUCCAGAAAGCGGAUAUACCAACAACUACUACGCCAGAGCUGGGUGAAACUUCAGUAUUCAGCCGCUCCGCGCCUGCACAGACUCAAAAACCUGGCCCAUCUCCUAUCAACGCCUCGGCUUCAACUUCGGGCACGCAUCGAUCUCCCAAAAUAUUCGACACCACAUCGAACGCAUACGCCCCUGAAACGGCGACUGCUCAGUCGCCAGCGCCCCUGUUCCAAACCCCAGAACCAUCAGUGGUGGCUGGACAACAAGGGCCGUUAAAAAGACAGCGUGAGGCUACCGAUGCAAAUGUCUUUAAUGAGUCCAAGAGGCGCUCCUCGCUGAAAGGGAAAGGCCCUACUGCAGCGCCUGAUGGAUCUUUCAAGCGGUCCGUGCAUUUCGAAGAGGAGGAAAAGCCUACGCCACAGGAGUCGCAAGUUAUUAAAAAGAAGCGUGUGCUGGAUGAGCAGAUUGAGUUCGAGCCGGAGGAGCAGGGCCCGAGUACUAAGGUGCCCAAGGUAUCCACAGAGGAAGAUCAUGUCCCUUUCAAAUUCUCCGUUUACAAAGCAGAGAACCGCCCUAUGCCGAAGCUCCCGAUCCUAGAAAAGCUAGAAGAAAAGCUUGCACGAGCCAAGGCCUUGUGCGAGCCGAAGCGUUUGACCGAAGAACAACUUCAGUUGAUCGAGGAAGCUCGAUUGAAACGAUCUCGCCAAGUCGACGAGGACGAGAUCGCUCUCUCCCGAGCACGCAUCUUGGCCGAGAAGUUGAGGACCGGCCCUGGAAUCUUCGACGGUUGGACUGGCCAAAUCCGACAGCCAUGGCAUGACCCAAACUGGAACCCCGUUGCCCGGAUCCUGGAAAAGUAUCACGCCCGAAAUAUCCCCCAGCCAACUUCCUAUGUACCCCCGCGUCUGACACUUAAUCGCACCGCCAGAGGCUACGAGGUCGCUUAUGCUCCUGACACCCCGGACCGACCCAUGUCCCGCACCGAACAGCGUAUCCGACGCACUGGUGCCCGUGGACUUGCCCAUGUGCCCCUGGAUUUCGAACGUCAUAGGCGAGAGAAAGAGGAGUUGGCUAAGAGCAAGAACGGAAAGAAGGAGAACAACGAUAAAGGCAAAAAGGACAAGGAAGAGAAACACUUGUCUUCCAAGGGCGCCUAA